AUGUUUACGGGACUGAUCGAAAGAAUCGGAAGGGUCAAAUCACAUUCACCGAAUCAUGAUAGAAUCGAAAUCCAAGUACUGCGACGGGAAGAACUACAGAGGUACCAAUCGAGCAUCGUUCCUAACUCAACACCGCCGACGGAGAAAGAUGUGGGUGUGAUAGCGUUCUUCGACGAUCUGAGAGAUGGGGACAGUAUCGCGAUCGAUGGCGUUUGCUUGACAGUUGUCAAAUUCUCUGCUAUCGACUCGUCGUUUCAUCUUAACUUGGCUCCUGAGACUUUAUCUCGUUCCAAUCUAGGCUCUCUCAAAGUGGAUGACUUAGUAAACGUGGAAAGAGCAUUAUCGCCCUCUACCCGAAUUGGUGGGCACUUCGUUCAAGGGCACGUUGAUAGAACAGGAAGGAUAGUUUCGAAGACCAAGGAUGAAGACUCGAUUAGAAUGACGAUUGAAUACGAAGAGGACAAAUGGGAGAGUGCAAAUGUCAGAGGAGCAGAGGAGGAGUCGAAGAAUAAACCCCAAGAAUAUUCGAAAUAUCUAAUUCCCAAAGGAUAUAUCACCAUCGAUGGUAUUUCACUCACGAUCACUGGGAUUGAGAAGGCCGAAUCCUCCUCGACGACCGAAGCCGGAGCCACAAAGAAUCGAACGACCAGAGUCUCGAUCAUGCUGAUCCCCCACACUCAGUUGAACGUCACACUCUCGUUGAAAUCGGUCGGUUCGACCGUCAACUUGGAGUUCGAUAUGUUGGUCAAGACGAUCGUCAAUGUGAUUGAAUUCAGUCUCAUCGACCAGCUCGAUGGAAUCAUAAAUCGCACUCUUCAGUCACAACUUACAAAACUUGGGAUCCAGCCUCCUUCCCCUCAAGAAGCCAAACCGCAGCCUUUGGAGCUUGAUUAA